AUGUGUAUUCUAGGUGAUGGUGUAUACCUUAGUGCUGAAGUUGACAAUUUUGAGAUACCUAUAAUUUUAAAAAACAUUAAUAGACUAAUUGAGGGUAUUAUUAAAAUACUUAAGAGUAAGAAUACCCCAAGAGUGACCGCUGUAAAGGUUCCGAUUACUGAAACAGCAGAGACCAUAAUCACGGCUGCUCAAUCUAGAUAUGGACCAGAAAUCUCAAUCGAGUUAACGCUUGUUGACAGUGAGGGUAAAAUUGUUGAUCCUACAUUAGACAUUGUGGACAUUACGAAUGAAAACUAA